AUGCCUGAAUCCGUUCACUCCCAAGACCCCGACCAGUCCAUGGUUGAUGCCGAGCAGCCUGAGCAGGAAGUCGUUUCGAACGACCCCAUCCUUGAGGAACGCCAGAUCGUUGUCCUCCCCGGUGCCACCGAUACUGCCGCUUCAUUCCAAUUCGAAGGCGAAGGCCACACCAUGGGCAAUGCCCUGCGAUACGCUAUUAUGAAAAACCCCGCCGUUGAGUUCUGCGGCUACACCAUCCCCCACCCCUCAGAUGCGAAGAUGCACGUCCGCAUCCAGACUACUGACUCGACUACUGCUCUGGAGGCUCUGGAGAAGGGUUUCAACGACUUGAUGGAUCUGUGUGAUGUGGUAACAGAGAAGUUCACCUCCGCCCGUGAUCAGUUCAAUGAGGAGAGUGGGAACCGCAUGGAAGUUUAA